UGCACUCGAUAGUUCAAGUGAGACUAAUGUCAAUCGAUACUCAAUCCUCAGACAAGCUCAACCCCGUUCUGAAGAACGACCUCCACACGAGCCAAGUGAAUAUCUGAAUCCAAAUCACGAAAACUCGUCAAAUUAACUGUCAAUUUAACCCAAAAAAUCAUUCGAUUUUCCUCAUAAAUUUUUCUCCACAUAGAACUGGAUUAUUCCCUCAACAUCUACUGGAGGAACAUCAAUACUUGAUGGAUACUUAAUACGCAAUGAAUUUCAGACGUAAAACGCCUGCGCGAAUGAGAAAUAUUCAGUGACAACGAAAGCCCUCUCAGUUCAUCACCACAUUCAGCCAACUCAACAUCAAACUCUCACCUAAAAUUGUUAUAUCGCGGAUGUCUGUCACUCUGGAGAUAACUCCUGAAGAAAUAAAGAGCCUCCAGUUCACAAAAUGGCUUCUAACACCUCUUGGUGUCUGGCCAUUCGUGAAAAGAGGCUCAACCCUGACAGAGAUUCGUCUAGCAAUUCUACUACAGCUAUUCUGUCACAGUUUGCUUGCAUUUGUCAUCAUCCCCUCAGCAUUUCACAUAUUCGCACGUGAAAGCAAUCUGAACGUGCGAAUAGCUCUAUUUGGACCAGUUGGCUUUGUGGUGACGAACCUUCUGAAGUACUGCGCGAUAAUUCAUCAUCGCACUGGCAUCAGAAGAUGCAUCAAGUACAUAGAGAACGAUUGGCAAGAAUUGCAGAAUCAACAUCAUCGUGACAUAAUGAUGAGGAACGUGUCAACAGGAAGAAACUUAACUGUUUUAUGCGCCACAUUCAUGUACUCUGGAGGAAUGUUAUAUCACACACUGAUGCCAUUCUUACUGACCAAUCCAAUAGCUGCUGAGAAAAAUUCAUCAAAUCGACCAAUUGUCUAUCCCGGAUAUGAUGCUGUAUUUGGUGUCUACGUAUCACCGACGUAUGAGAUUAUAUUUCUCUCUCAUUGUCUUACUGCAAUGAUCAUCUACACAAUCACUACUGUGUCUUGUAACUUGGCUGCUAGCUUUGUCACUCAUGCUUGUGGACAAAUUCAAAUUCUAAUUGUGAGACUCGAUUCUCUGGUGAACAGUGAAGGUGAUCGAAGUGAACGAUACUUGAAGAGGAAGCUGGGAGAUAUAAUUCAUUAUCAUGCUAAAGUGCUGAGAUUCACCGUAGAUAUCGAAGAAAUUCUUCGUGAAAUCUGUCUGGUAGAAGUCGUGGCGUCUACCCUAAUCAUCUGCUUGCUCGAAUACUACUGUAUGACGACGUGGAGUGAGAGUGAAACUAUUGGGAUCUGUACAUACUUUAUCCUCUUGAUAUCACUGAGUUUCAAUAUUUUCAUAUUUUGCUACAUCGGAGAGCUACUAAAGGGACAAUUCAGUGACGCUGGUACUAGGACUUACUUGACUGAAUGGUAUCGACUUCCACCAAAGUGUGGACUGAUGUUACUUCUGAUCAUUGCUACUGCCCGAGUACCUCGGAAAAUCACAGCUGGAGGACUAAUCGACCUAUCACUCAACAGUUUUGUUACUGUCAUUAAGACGUCAUUGGUGUAUCUGAAUCUGUUGAGAACCGUCGAAACUUGAUCAAUUCACCCUCGACAGUCGCUUUUGAUCACCGAUGAUGUGAUGAAUGUAAUAUUUUUUUACGUGGGGUGAACAAUGCAGAGAAAC